ACGAUGAGCAUUUAUAGCAUUUAGGAGAAGCAGCUAGCAGCGUUAUCAGCAAUGACAAUGAUCAACUGGAAGGCUUUGGACAAUGUCCCCCUCCUGUUUUACAUCCUGGCCCUGAAGACGCUGCUGCUGUGUCUGGCCUUUGCAGGGGUGAAGAUGUACCAGAGUAAAAAAGCAGAGGAGGCUCUGAAGAAACAGCGGCAGGCUGAGAGGAGGAAGCUGGCCCAGGAGACCCAGGAGCUCCUCGACAACCUGAAGGAGGACUGACCCAAGCAGGAGAACCAGUUUUCUCCAGGACCAGAACCAUGGAGGACUUCGGCGCUCUUUGAUAGACCGAUGAGUCUCUGCAGGUGGUCUACCGAUCUGUAGACUGAUCGUGGUCACAUCCAUGGACGAGUGGAGGCAGAGACGAUGGAGAUUCUUUUUCAACCUUCAGCACCAGAUUUUUAUGCGUCAGAACUUCAGCUGCUCUGUUCAACUUGUUGGACCGGGUUUCUAAAAGGACUACAUGGCGAUAAAACCAACGUUACUUGUUCACCUCAGAUGGUUUGUUCCACGCACAACCAGCUUUUCAUAUUUAUGGAAUAAACUUGAUUUUACUCAAUCUGAAGACUCGUGUGGUCCUGUGAGAAGGCGACUCAGAACC